AUGUCGGAGACUAAUGACACUAAUUAUGCGACCAAAGUUCACGGUGGUUGCGGAGAAAGAAAGUGGUCGUCGGAGCAGGGAAUAGUAUUGGCGGUCGCCGUGGACAAUGCCAAGGCUAGCCAGCACGCCCUUAAAUGGGCUGCCGAUCGUCUUCUCUACAACGACAAGAACAAAACCCUGAUUAAUCUUGUCCAUGUCCGGCAUACUUCACCAUUACACAUAUCUUAUUCCCAUCUCAUCCCCAGAAGCAUCAGCUUGGUAGAAAGGGAACCGGAUGAGUAUGAGAUGGAAAUGCUGCGUCCCUUUCGAGGCUUUUGUGCGCGCAGACAAAUACAAUGCGAGAUUGUUGUGCUCGAAGAUGAUGACGUGGCACAAGCAUUGGUUGAUUAUGCCAUACGCCAUCGAGUUGAGAAUUUGAUUCUUGGUGCCUCAUCAAGGAAUGGCUUAUCUAGGCUAUUCAAGCACGGUUCUGGGAUUAAAAGCACUGUGGUUAAAUGGAUACCCAAUUUCUGUAAUGUUUAUGUCAUCUCCAAGUUAGGAAAGCUCAAUGGUGUGAGAAAUGCUUGUCAUCCAGUGCCAAUUAUCCCAUCAUCACCUGAUCAAGAUCAAUUUACUCAUCAUCAUAAUAUACUAUCCGUGCCGAGAGAGGGAUUGUUGUAUGAAGAGGAAAGCAGUAUCUCAGUGUCAGAGACAGAGGGUGAGAUCGAGUCGCGUACUUUUCCAAGUCCGGAAUGUAGUAGUAGUACUACUACUACUACGACGAGUCCCGAUAGCAUGUUCCUUUCUUUCUUCCGGACUUUGGAGUCACACUUGGCCAGAGUUUUCCCUCACCGACCAACUCUUCAUGAUUUUCAUUGCAUUAGAACAUCACUGUUCUUGACUCACAAACUAGAAUCUAUGCAAGAGGAGAUGAAGAGGAUCAAAUCAAAGCAGAACGAAACAAUGGACAUGUACCAUGUAGCCUGCAAAGAAGCUUCUUUGGCUGCUAAAUAA